AUGGCUUCCACGCGCCGCCAGACGGCCCUCGCCGCUAUCGACGCCGUCAAUGCUUGGGACAUCUCCAGGAUCAUGGCAGUCCGCGCGCCGAAUUGCGAACAACAGAUUCUUCCCAAAUCACUCAAUCGGCCUUCCAUGAACAAUGAGGCUUACGAGAAACACUUCGAGCGCAUCAAAAACUUGCUCCGCAACUAUCAUCUCGCUGUGGAGGAGAUACUUGAGGACACCGGUGCCAACAAGAUUGUCAUCUCGGCACACAGCUAUGCCGACACCCCGGUUGGCCCGUACUCGAUCGAUUACAUGCUCGUUCUCCACUUCACCGACGACGGAACAAAGAUCACACGAGUGUCCGAGUGGGUGGAUUCUGCGGUCUUCUCCGAGUUUUCCGCCCGCCUGGUGGCCGCAAUGGCGGGCAGUGGCACAAAUAUGGUGGUAACCGAGGACUUUGGCACAAAUUGA